AUGGAGCCAAGCGCCAAACCCUGUCAUUCUCUGUUCCACUUCCCAUUCCUUCUCAUUCUCCACCUUAAAAGAUCUCUGCUUACUCUACUCUUUUCUCUAACCACUUCAUUCUUCGCUCUUCUCCUUCUCUUCCUCUUGUCAUACAAUGCCUUCACUGUCUUCUUCAUUCGUGUUCCCAAAUCAUCUCACAAAUCUCUCCUUCUUCCUCCUCCAACCCACUUCAACCUCUCUUCUUCUGUCUUCCUCGCUCUUAAAGAAGAAAAUUUUCCACUCUUCAAUAAGACCCAUUUGCCUCUUCUUCCAAACUCCACUCACAGAUUCUCCAUUCGUAGGUCUAGAAGAGAGAGGAAACACAAGCGUGGUCGUAGAAGCGUGCGUUCUGAAGCACAGUUCCCACUUCCACUCUUUCAAACUAGACUCAAAGCAUUCUUCUCUUUGAACUCUUCUUGCAAGGUGAGGUUCUUCAUGACUUGGAUUUCCCCCUUGAAGGCUUUUGGUGAGAGAGAGUUGUUCUCUGUGGAGAGCUUGUUCAAGGUUCACCCUGAAGCUUGUUUGGUCAUAGUGUCCAAGUCCCUUGAUUCUGACACAGGAACUCGGGUUCUGAAACCGUUUCUGAAUAAUGGGUUCAGGGUCAUGGCCAUUGCACCUGAUUUUAAUUACUUGUUCAAGGAUACUCAUGCUGAAGCUUGGUUUAAUCGGUUGAAGGAAGGGAUUGUGAAUCCGGGUGAAGUCUCUUUGGGACAAAACCUCUCCAAUUUGCUUAGGCUUGCUCUAUUGUACAAGUUUGGAGGCAUGUACAUUGAUGCUGAUGUUUUGGUCCUGAAGAGCUUCUCCAAUUUGAGGAACACAAUUGGAGCACAGAAUUUUGAUGCUAAAACUGGGAAAUGGAGCCGUUUGAACAAUGCUGUGUUGAUAUUUGAUAAGAAGCAUCCUUUGCUUUUCAAGUUCAUUGAGGAAUUUGCACUCACUUUUGACGGCAACAAGUGGGGUCACAAUGGUCCUUACUUGAUCUCUAGAGUGGUGUCUAGGGUGAGUGGGAGAUCCGGGUUCAAUUUCACUGUGUUGCCUCCAUCUGCAUUUUACCCUGUGGAUUGGAAAGGAAUUAGGAGUCUCUUCAGAGGGCCUAGAGAUGAGUUCCAUGCAAAAUGGUUGGUCAAGAAAAUGGAGCAAAUUCGCAAAGAAAGCUUUGCAGUGCACCUGUGGAACAGGCAGAGUAGGAAGUUAAAGGUGGUGAAGGGAAGCAUUGUUGAUAGAAUCAUUUCUAGUUGUUGCAUCUUCUGCAACACUUAG